AUGGAAGGAAAUGCAUGUGACACAAUCAAUGUUGCUGAUGAUAGUCAAGUUAAGAAUGUGUUCAUUGGUAAAACCUACACUUCGCAAGAAAGAAAUGGUAUCUUGAAAAAUGUAAGAGAUUUUCCAGAUGUCACUGCUUGGAGCUAUGAAGAUCUCAAGACUUAUGAUACUGCAAUCAUUACUCACACAAUCCCUUUGAAGCCAGGAAGCAAACUGGAUCUCAACCGAGCCUCAGAAAAGGAUAAUUAUCCACUACCAUUGCUGGAUGAAGUAUUGCAGAUUGUCAACAGGUCACAGAUGAUGUCAUUUCUGGAUGGAUAUUCAGAUUAUAAUCAAGUAUUGGUUGAACCUGAAGAUCGACUGAAGACCGCUUUCACUACCAAGUGGGGAACAUUUGCAUACAAAAGGAUGCCUUUUGGGCUUAUCAAUGUCAGGGCCACCUUUCAAAGAGCCAUGGAUAUUGCUUUCAGAGACUUAAUUGGGAAAUGUAUUAUCAUAUACAUGGAUGAUAUCACAUUUUUCUCUAGGAAAAGGGAAGAUCAUGUAGAUGAUUUAAGAAAAGUCUUCCAGAGGUGCAAAAGUUACAGCGUUUCUCUCAAUCCUAAGAAAUGUAUAUUUGGGGUAAUGGAAGGGAAGCUGCUUGGACAUGUCAUUUCUGAGAAAGGAAUCUCUAUCGAUCCUGAUAGGGUGAAGGCUAUAUCAACCAUCAACCUACCAGCCAGUAAGAAGGAACUCAAAUCAUUCUUCAGCAAGAUCAAUUUUGUCAGAAAAUUCAUCAUAGGGUUUACUGAGAUAGUCAGGCCUUUGAAUGAAAUGUUGAAGAAGGAUGCAAAAAUAGAAUGGUCAACGCAGGCCAAAAGGGCAUUUGAGGAGAUAAAGUUGGCAAUCGUGGAAGCACCAGCUUUAGCUCAGACACUGGCAGUUGACGGGCCCAGAUUAAUCCAACAAGUUUAUGAAUUGGAUGAUGUCACCCUAGAUGGAUGGAACAAGGAAAUUUUGACUUACCUGCUCAACAAGAAAUGUCGUGCUCGUAUGACACCCACUCAAAAAAGAGCAUUAAGGAUAAAGUGUCAGCAUUAUAUGCUUCAAGGAUCCAUCUUAUAUCGCAGGAAUCAUGAGGGAAUAUAUCUUAGGUGUGUUGGCAAAGAAGAAGCCAAACAAAUAAUUGAACAUUUUCACUCCAAGUUUGGUACAAGACAUGGUGCUAAUCUAGCCAUAGCUCAUCAAAUCUUGAGGGCAGGAUACUACUGGCCCACACUAUUCAAAGACACAUUUGAUCAUGUCAAGACUUGUCACACUUGCCAAGUCACCACUUUUAGAGAGAAGAAUCCUACCAUGCCACUCAAUCCAAUGAUUGAAGCAAGACCAUUUGCAAAAUGGGGAAUGGAUUUUAUUGGUGUCAUCAACCCUGCAUCUUCAGCACAACACAGGUAUAUCAUCACUGCUACCAAUUAUUGUACCAGAUGGUUGAAGGCUCAAGCUCUCAAGGCUAAGCUGUGA